AUGCUGGAAGACAAACCCAGUUUCAAAGAGUUCGCCAUCGAAGAGUUCCUGGUCCGCAGCGAACCGUACUAUCGCGCCGUCGGCGACGAGUUGGAAUUGUUCGAGGCUGCUUAUGAGCAGCACAUCCCAGUCCUGCUCAAGGGUCCCACCGGGUGCGGCAAGACCCGCUUCGUGGAAUACAUGGCGUGGAAACUCGGCCGACCCAUCACCACGGUUGCCUGUCAUGAAGACCUCACCGCCAGCGAUCUAGUGGGUCGCUAUCUGCUGGAUGCCAACGGCACCCGCUGGAUCGACGGGCCCAUGACCCGAGCGGUCAAGGCCGGCGCCAUCCUGUAUUUGGACGAAGUGGUGGAGGCCCGUAAGGACACCACCGUUCUGAUCCACCCCCUCACCGACCACCGGCGCAUCCUGCCCGUCGAAAAGACCGGCAACAUCAUCGAGGCCGAUGAUCGCUUCCUGCUCUGCAUCUCCUACAACCCCCAUUACCAGAGCGCCCUGAAAGACCUGAAGCACAGCACUAGGCAGCGGUUCAUCUCCAUUGAAUUCGACUACCCGCCGGUUGACGUGGAAACCGAAAUCGUGGCCAAGGAAAGCGGCUGUUCCGACGAAGAAGCUUACGCCCUGGCUCGCCUCGGAGACAAGAUUCGCAACCUCCGUGAGCACGGCCUAGCCGAAGGCGCCAGCACUCGCCUCCUGAUCUACGCCGGACGGCUGAUGCGGCAGGGCAUCGCCGCCCGCCGCGCCUGCCAGGUCGCUAUCGUGUGGACCCUGUCAGACGAGGCCGAACUCCAGCGCAGCAUCGAAGAGGUUGUGCACUCCAUCUUCGAGUAA